GAUGUUUUACGCCUCACCUAUGUUUUAUACAAUUUGUGAUACGUGCGGAUCAAUAACGGAAUCAUUUUAAUUUUUGCGGCCAUAUUUCUCUAGCAGUGGCAUUCAAAUUUCAGGUGUUUCCGGUUUGAAAUAUAUGUAAAAGACAUACGGGUAUAUAAAAUUAUUUUGUUAAGGAUAUAUGGUAUGGUACAAAGAUUGUGUAGCUGUGGACUGUUCUUCAUCAGGCAUUGACAAUGGUUUUGUGGUCCUCAAAUUUAUUUCCUGAUCAUGGGAGUAAUUCAUCUUCGGAGAUCUCCAUUAAGCAGACGACAAAAGGUGCGGUGAAUAUUAUGGACACAUUGAAAUGUUACGUGUGUGGUCAUUUUUACGUAAAACCAAGGAUAUUGCCGUGUGGACAUUCAUAUUGUGAAAAGUGCGUUUCCGGUCUGAGAGAGAGUGCUUUACAGGAGUUUAAUAAAUCACGUGACCGUAAUUCUCACAGACGCGGGGAUUCUGGGUUCUUCACGUGCCCCUGGCCAAACUGUCACUACUCCAUGCGGAUAAUGAAUGUUUCCAGAUGGACACUGAAGAACAAAGCCUUGUCGAGGGCAGUUGCUGAGGCUAAAAGGCUAGAAAAGGAGAGACAGACUGUCAGCACUCAAACGGAAAUAGACUCUUCUCGGGUGAUCAUCUCCUUGCCGGCCAAACUCUUUAAAGCGACUGGAAAUGGAGCUUCUCUGAAGAAUGGCAUAGUGCCUACUUCCCCGACGGCAACCGUCGUCCGUAAUAUGUUACAAAAUAUUGUCACUACAGAAAUUGUGGAUGUUCAGCACUGUCAGCCUCCAAGUGAUAAGCCCGACGGGACAAAUUCCUGGCGGUCAUACGUUUUUGUCGCCGGAAUGACGUUGUUAGAUCAAGUGCUUAAAAUGUCGUGAUUUAAAUAACAGACUACAUGUACUUGAUUAAGCCAUGGCGCCAAUAUUUUUCUCAAAAUGUCCAUGAAACUUUCAACGUCGUUAUGGUAACUUCAUAAAUAAUGUUUAAUCGAACACUAUAAUGUCAUUUAAAGCUGAUGUUACACAAUUACGGAAAUAAUUGAUCGAGAAUUGUUAUGUUUAUAAAGAAAAAUGGAAGAACAAUUCUAAUGCAGACGAUACUUUCCAAGCAGACGAUAAUAUUAUGGACAUCCGGGUAUUUCUCCCAAAGACCCUAUGUCCACAGCAGUUUCGUAUUCCCAUAAAUCCAUAAAAAAUAUUACAUUAUUAAUACAAAACUAACUCAAUAAUAUCAUGUUGAAAGCCAUACUUUGAUUAUUUUCAUGUUUCGCAGUCAAAGUUUGCUUUACAACAAUACAUCGCACUAAAUAAGUUUGGUUGACAUUUACAUGUACAUGUGAAUCCGGGCACAACGAAGCAUUGUUACAUUAGCUACAUGGAGCUAGCAUGCAAUGAAGCAUACCUUUUGUCAAAGAGCGUGCUGUAUUGAAGUCUUAGAACCUGACUAAUGUAAUAGAAACAGCGUUCAUUUUCGUAAAAUGGCACCAACUGCGCAUUAUAAAUAAAGUGUAUUCAAACAUUAGUUCACUGAAACGUCGUUUUCAGAGACUUUUUUUGCUAUAAAAAGCUCCGUGGUCGUUUCCAAGAAAUCUAACCGGAAAUCACAUGACACUGUCGGCUGCUGCAACAACGGAUACAUACAAAGGGACAAACAAUACAUUGUAUAAUCUUAAAACAAGAUAUUGAUCUAAAUUUCUGCAUGUAACUGUACAACUAGACAAUUUGUAUGAAAUUAUAUCAACAUGCCCGCUGUUAAUUCUAAAUUUUGUUUCUCUAAUUUCAAAUGAGAAAUAAUAGACAGUGUGAAGAGUGUUAAGAAAUAACAGACAUUGUCGCAGAAUAGAUUUCCAGGAAAAUCUACAUGUAAGUGUCAACAUAACUUAGUGCUUUUCAAAGCUGUAUAUUUUCAUAAUUAUAUUGUAAUGGUUCCGUGCAACACGUACUGUAGUAACUACAGUCGUAUAGAUACAACAGUGUUGUACAGAAACCGUCAUUUUCUUUUGUUGUUAUUUUGUUUUGUUUUUGAAAAUGUACACAAAUUUGAAAGCAAUCACUAUUGAGUGGUAUUAAUUAAAAAAAUAAUUAAUGCUCGAUGCACAUACAAGAACAAAGAGUGUUUAAAUCACCAUUAUUUCACUUCCAGUACUGAAAUAUCUUGUACAACUAUGUGUAUUAAUCUUGAUGUAAUAUUUGAUGAUAUGCUGAAAUUAACAGAACAGUUCUCUUCUGCACAAUUAUACAGUUUGAACUAAAACAAACAAACAAGAACUUGGUAAUAGAACAGAAUAGAACAAAACUAUCUGAAUAUUUAUGGAAAUAUUAAUACAGCUUAAAAUAUUAUAGACUAACUGACCCAUGCACAUGUAUCUUUCAUUGUAUUUGUAUAUGUAAAGGUCUUUCUGCUAAGAACUGCAGAAUCUACCCCACACGACCAGUGCAGAACAGGUAAAAGGCUUAUUAGCAGUCCUUGGGAAAGUUCUUCAAAAAUGAGUAAAAUAACAUACAGACUAAAUGAUGCAAAUGUAUCAUAUAUAAUUUAGUCGAAACUGACACCUGACUGGAACUUUAGAAUAGUAAAUCAAUGAAGCAGUACCUAUAUAUGUGACAAUGGUUCAUCUCCCCUGAUCAGUAUAAUUGGAACCAUGUUUUAUCUCCCUUUGAUGAGCAUGAGAACUGGAUAGAGCAUUGGAAUAAUUACAAUUUAUAGGGUAACAUCAACUAUUACUUGUACAUGUAAUUUUACACCAAGAAAAGCAAUAUACAUGUGCUACUAUUUAUAGAAGUUGUUUUCUCUAAGAUUACCCUAGAAUAUGUAUUUAAUUUGAACUUAAAUUGACUUUGGAGGUUUGUUUUAAUAUAAUUUUAUGUUGUGUUCAUUUGUAUAUGUAAAUGAGCAAUUACAAUGCACCUUAUCCCUUCACACACCCCUAGAUAACUUGAUAUCUAAAUAAAUAAUGAUAAUAGUUUGUAAACCGCAGUUUUCCUUUAAAUUGAUUCCUCUUAGUCAUAAGUAAUGAAUUGAUAUAGAACAUGAUUUAUAAAAAUAGUAAAAAUAAUGAAACUAUUCAGGUUUAAAGAGAAGGAAAAACAAUAUAUUUAACUACUUAUAUGUGUAAAAUAGAAAGUUGUUGACACAGGAGACAGCUGUGUGAAACAAUCAAUGUUACAUAAAGUUGUAAGACAAAUAUUGGGUCCCCAGACAUAGACAACAGAUGUUCCAUAAAUACAAUGAAAAAUUCCUGCCGUCACUUUGCAGGCAGUUUUGUCAAGUGUUAAAAUAUGUUUAAAAAAAUGUUUUAAAGCUGCUCGCCUAGAAAAGUUAAAAAAAACUAAUUGUAAGAAAAAUAUAUCUGUAUUAAAGAAAAUGCAUAAAUAUUCACGAUCUAUGUAAUACAUGAGUUCAAGCACUGCCAGGGGCAAGCUGUUGUUUCCUUGCACAAGAGUUUUUACAAUAAUUGCUUGGUAAUGAUUGUAAUACUGAUGCUGGGAACGGAUUCAAGUGUGUUCCCAGAAGGUAAUAGCUUCAAACACAAUCAAACUUUACUAAAUUAAUUCAAAAUAAAACUUAAACUAAAAGACACCUUGCAAAUAUUACAGAAUUUACUAUUUUUAAACCACCAUAUUUCAACAUUUGAUACUACCAGAGCAAAGAUUAUAUCCGAACAUUUUGACAUGUUAUAGGUUAUAUAUGACGGCAGUAAUUGCCAUAGGCUAGGUAAUAUUGUUUCUUUGUACAACUGAAAACAACAUUUAAAAACAAGAGAAUUUUAUAUUUUUUUAAUAAAAAUUAAACAUGAAUCUGGAGGCAUGCUCCUUUAAAAUUUAGAACUGAGCAAUAAUUCAAAAUCUAAACCAAAUUCUUUUUUUUUUUAAGGCUCUGGCGGCAUGCUCCUUUAAAAUCUAGAGCUGAACAAUAAUUUAAAAUCUAAACCAAUUCUUCUUUUUUUCAAAAAAGGCAUGCUCAUCAUUAUUAUAAAAUAUCAAUAAUAUUAAUAAGUAAUCAUAAUGAGCUUACAAUCUGACAUGUAUCACCAAGAACUGAAUUUGAAGAAUACUACAAUAAAUACCUUAUAUAAAAAAAAAGUUAAUAUGCUAUAAUAUCUUACAAUACUGAAAGAAAUAUGUACUUAUUGACAAAAAUACAAAUUAAAAUAAUGAACAUUAACAUGGAGCAACAAGGAAGUAACCUAUCAUCUUUCAAAACCAGAGUUAUGUCCCUUUAAAACUAUUUGACUAGAUUAACCAUGUAAAUGUUUUCUAUUUUUGGAUUUAUAGUGUAUGUGUGUUGUUUUAUGAAAUCUGUCACUGAAUGUCUGAAAUCUGUGAUAUUGUUACCCUUGUUACUACUUUAGAUGCUUUAAUUAGAUAGAAAUAAAUGUUUCUGUUAGAAAAA